AUGCCUGGGUCUCCUGGAACAGGGAGGGCUUUGCACUGCAUCCCCCAUAAAUGGCGUCGUAGGAAGGCGUUUUUAAAUGUAGAGCCAUGUAGAGUUUGUAACCGUCAGCUGAAUUUUUUUGCUGGAUAUGAGAAAUGCUCCUCUUGCAAGGCAAAAGUUCAUACGGCUUGUAAAUUGAAGUUAGGGGACAAUUGUGGUCUAACUGUGGACGUAUUGAAAGAAGCGUUUAGUCAUAUGUUUAAGAAGGAUUACGAGGAGGAUAAUUGGAAGCAACAGUCAGCUGCAAAACCUGAUUUUUUGAGUACAGACAGCAGUUAUCCUUGUGAUUCCCCAGACAAUAGUUCUUCCAGCCCAGGAAGUUCUACUCCAUCAACACCAGCAUAUCCUCUUAGUCAGCCUGGUACAAGCAAAGUUCGUACCUUCGCCUUUUCUGACGAUGUUCGUUACCACGCUAAAAUACCUGAAGUUGUGCCGGAGGUUCCAGAUAUCGUUAUAGAGACAGAGCAGUGCGAAUCUCCACAGCGUCUUCUUUCUUCUCAAGGGUCAGACAGCACUGUAAGAGGAGAUGGUGCAACAAGUUCGGAGGGUACAUUGCUCACAGAGUCAUAUGGCGCUAUAAGAGGUUCUUCUGGAGAUAUACCGGAUGAAAAAGAUGACUCCACCCGGAAUCACAUUCUUCAUCGCAACCGUUGGAGCAACGGGACUAUUAGGAUACCCAACAACUGGACCGAUGUUACUAUUUCUCCUGGGCAAGUUGAGAUCAAGGAACGUUCUCUGCUGGGACAUGGCAGGUUUGGUGAUGUGCAUAAGGGGAACUAUUUUGGUGACGUUGCGGUAAAAAUGUUGGAUAUGAGCCACGUUGAUGAGUCAGUUAGAGUUGAGGCUUUUAAGGUUGGUCAUUUUAUCAAUAGUUAUUUACGUGUGCCGGAGAGGUGGUUGACAUAUUUGGCUCCCGAAUUGAUUCGAAGUAUUGCGUCUGAUCUUCGUGAACUUCCGUUUUCGGAGCACAGCGAUAUGUAUUCGUUUGGAACAAUUUGGUAUGAGCUAAUGACAUACCAGUUCCCGUUUUCGAAACUUCCAAGCGAUGUAAUUAUUUAUAGAGUUGGGAAAGGUUGUACAGGAGAGCUGGUGAAUGUUAAGGCAGCUAGAGAAGUUAAGGAAAUUUUAAUGCACUGCUGGGCAUUUGCUCCGUCAACUAGAAUUUCUUUUGUAGAACUGCAAACUAUGAUUGAAAGAUUACCAAAAAAGCGUUUAACACGUAGUCCGUCUUAUCCCGUAUCGAGAAGUCAUGACUCGAUGUUUAUUUAA